UACAUGUGUGCAAUGCCCUUGCAGGCCAGAAAAGGGAGUUGGAUGUCCUGGAAGUUACAUGUGAUUGUUGGCUACCAUGUGGGUGCUGGGAACUGAACCCUGGUCUGUUGCAAGAGCAGGGAUUGCUCUUAACUACCCGGCCAUCUCUCCAGCCCCAUGGGAUAAUUUUUUUAAAAUAAUUUUUUUAUUCUUUGAAAGUUCCAUUUAUACAGAGUAUUAUAUUGAUCUCAUCCAUCCACUGCUGCCCCCCCCAUCCCGUCUCCCUCUAUUAGGGAUAGUUUUCUUGGUUGUUUUCAAGGGAAUGUUAAUUUAUUCCCAAGAAGUAUUUUGUUCCUUAAAGUUUAUUUGUGUUGUAUUUGUAUUUUUGCUCCACAUCCUUUAUAAAUUUAUACAUAAGCCUCACAGAUUCUCAAGGAAUGGAUGCUAAUAAAAGCCUAUAAAAAGACUUUGAAGAAGCAGAAGGAAAGUGGAUGUGGCAGUGCACACCUUUAAUCCCAGCACUUGGAGGCAGAGACAGGAGGAUCUCAAAGAUGAAGGCCAACCUAGCCUGCAUACCUACAGAUGCUGCACAGAUGGAACUAAAGAAGUCGAGUGAAGCGCGGAAGAGGAAACUCGGGACACGUGUGGGUUAGCACUGAAGUACGAGCAGCCACGACAGAGCAUCCCAGUUAAUCGUCCUCUUCCAAAGUCAGAAGAGAAUGAUGCAGGCCCAGGAAUUCCUGACGUUUGGUGAUGUGGCAGUGGUGUUCACCGGGGAGGAGUGGCAGCUCCUGGACUCUGCUCAGAAGGACCUGUAUUGGGACGUGAUGCUGGAGAACUACAGCAGCCUCGUGUCAGUGGGGUCUCCAGUCAGCAAACCAACCGUACUCUCCAAGCAGGAACCAGGAGAGCCGUGGACAGUAGAAGACGAAGUCCACAGUGGAAUCUGGCCCGAAAUUGGAGAAGUUAAUGAUCCUCUACAGCAUCACUUGAAAAAUCGAAGCACUCAGAAGAGUGUUGAACAACUCUAUGAAUGUAAAAUACUGAGAAAUGCUGUUGAUCAGAGUAAAGGUUAUUCCACAUCCAAGCAAAAUUGUGAUGUGUUUGACUUCCAUGAAAAGUCUUUGAACUCAAAUUUAAGUCUUGAAAACCAGAACAGAAACUGUGGUCUAAAGAACUCUGGUGAGCUUAACAGAGACAGGCAAUUCCUUAAUGUGCAUCAGAAAACUCAUAUGGGAGAGAAGCAUUACAUAUGCAGCGAAUGUGGAAAAGCCUUCACCAGAAAAUGCCUCCUUAUUUAUCAUCAGCGAAUUCACACAGGAGAGAAACCGUAUGGCUGCCACAUGUGUGGGAAAGCCUUCUCUACAAAGUUCAGUCUCACUACACAUCAGAAAACUCAUACAGGAGAGAAACCCUAUCUGUGUAGUGAAUGUGGAAAAGGUUUUAUUGAGAAGAGGCGGCUUGUUGCACAUUAUCGAACUCAUACUGGUGAGAAGCCCUUCCUAUGUGGUAAAUGUGGGAAAGGCUUCACGCUGAAGAACAGUCUUAAUGCACAUCAGCAAACUCAUACACAAGAGAAAUUACAUAUGUGCAGUGAAUGUGGAAAAGCCUUCUCUACAAAGCUCAGUCUCACUGCACAUCAGAAAACUCACAGAGGAGAGAAGCCUUAUAUAUGUAGUGAAUGUGGAAAAGGCUUUAUUGAGAAGAGGCGGCUUCUUGGACAUCAUCGAACUCAUACUGGUGAGAAACCCUUCCUCUGCAGUAAAUGUGGGAAAGGCUUCACACUGAAGAACAGUCUUAUUACACAUCAGCGGAUACAUUCAGGAGAGAAGCCGUAUGUAUGCCCUGUGUGUCAGAAAGACUUUGUCAUGAAGAGUGAUCUCAUUUCACAUCAGCGAACUCACACUGGAGAGAAACCAUUUACAUGUGAUGCGUGUGGGAAAAGCUUUGCCUUGAAGAGCCACCUAAUUGUGCAUCAGCGUACUCACACGGGAGAGAAACCCUACGUUUGCAAUGAAUGUGGAAAAGGCUUUCCAACGAAGAUACAGUUGAGGAUACAUCAGCAUACGCACACUGAAGAGAAACCGUUUACAUGCAAUGAAUGUGGAAAAGGCUUUGCCUUAAAGAACCGCUUAAUUGUACACCAGCGAACUCACACGGGAGAGAAACCCUAUGUAUGCAGUGAAUGUGGAAAAGGCUUUCCCACAAAGAUACGUCUGAUAAUACACCAGCGAACUCACACAGGAGAGAAACCUUAUAAAUGCACUGAAUGUGGAAAGGGCUUUCCAGAGAAGAGUCAGCUCAAUGUACAUCAGCGUACACACACGGGAAAGAAACCCUAUAUAUGUAGUGAAUGUGGUAAAGGUUUAAGUGAGAAAAAGAUGCUCAUUGCUCACCUGCGAGCCCAUGCUGGUGAAAGGCCAUAUAUAUGCAACGAAUGUGGAAAGGGCUUCACCAUGAAAAGCACUCUAGGUAUACACCGGCAAACUCAUAUUGGAGAGAAGCCAUACACAUGUAAUGAGUGUGGUGAAGUCUUUGAGAAAAAGACAUGGCUCAUACUACAUCAGAGACUUCACUCAGGACAGACUUCUUUUGCAUGUACUGAAUGUGGAAAGUCCUUCUUGCGCAAAAAUGAUCUCAUUACCCAUCAGAGAAUUCACACAGGAGAGAAACCAUAUGAGUGCAAAGAGUGUGGAAAAGCCUUCACUACAAAGUCAUGGCUCAAUGUUCAUCAAAGAAAGCAUACCGGGGAGAGGCCCUAUGGGUGUAGUGAUUGUGGGAAAGCUUUUGCCCACUUAUCAAGCCUUGUUAAACACAAGAGAAUGCACAGUUAGUUAACAAGUCUCUUGUAUGUCCUUGAGUUAUUACAGUGUUUGCAAAGAAUAUUAGUAUAGAGUGUGUAUUGAUAGAUAAAUGGCCUCAUGUUUUAUGGCAAAGAAAACAUGAAAAUACUCAUAUAGUCAGCCUCAAGGGAAAAUUUCAGAACAUUAUGACUUUUCAUUAUAUAUUGAGAACCAUCCCCUGAAUAUGAUAGGCUAGGGCAACCUUCAGUAGUAAGACAACCCUGUCAAAUGAUUACCGUAGAUCUUGUGGGAACUACCAGUUGAUGAAAGUGUGAUUCAGGGAAAGCUGUAGCCUAUCAACUAAGACCGCAGUAGACUUAGAGUUCACGUUUGAGCAAUACUUUCCUAUGGAAGGGCUUAUAGUAAUAUAUCACCUCAUCAUUUGCUAGGAAGCCAAAUAGCAUAGCUAUUGGGGGAUGUAGCUCAGUGAUGGAAUGCUUGACCAGCAUGAAUGAGGUCCUAGAUCCAAUCCCUGGUGGCUGGGGGAAAAAAGCAAACCAUUUAAGAACAUACUCAAUGCGAAAGACUGGGGGAAAAUACCAGAGAGAUGAAUGAAGGAAAGACUCCCUGAUAGAACUGCAAACAGUGUGUCCUUAGGAGAACACACACAUGCACACCUUCUGUGCAUUUGGGGACAGGGUGCCUGCCUUGGGCUGUAUUUCUAGGUGUUCUGUUACUAAUUUUGUAAUUUUUUUUUUUUUUUUGAGACAGGGUCUCCCUGUAGCCCUGGCUAGCCUGGAACUCACUAUGUAGACCUGACUGGCAUUGCCUCUCGAGUGCUGGGAUUAAAGGGAGCAUACCAGCAUUCCUGGCUUGAUUUGGUACCUUCCAUCAGAUAUUAAGUUUGGAACUAUACAGUGUAAGAAUGUUCUUUGCCUGUCUCAAUUUAACUUGUGUUCUUUGAUUCUAAGUUUUUUAUUUAAAAAAUACUUGAAACAUUUAAAUACAAUGUAAUGUAUUUGGAUAUGUUUAGUUUAUAAGAAGCAGCAAGUAUAUGCAAUAAGUAUAAAUAUAAUUUUAAAAUAAAAUUUUAUUUGAGGUAAAUUUAUAUUCAGAAUUUCUUACCUAAAUAAUCAAGAUUCUGUAUUCCCUUAAGGCAGCUUCUCACACAGAUAACAAAUUUAGGUAAUCAUAGUUCAUUUUCUUAUACAGGAAGAUAAAAUUAUAAUUUUAGCUAAACUGCUGAAGGACAUUAGGGUUGUUUCCAGGGUUUUGCUGUUACAAAUAAAGAUGACCAGAACGUUCCUCUACAAAGGCUGUCUGUAAACUCAGCUUUUCAGUUUUCAAGGUAAUUACUAAAAAGAGUUCAGUUUGUGGGUUGUGGUAAAUAAAUGUGUUUAAAUAUAUGAGAAACAAAGCAGCUGUUGUUUCAUAGUGGGCAUUGCACAUUGUUAUCUAAUAUAUACCUAAUAGUAAUAAAGGAAAU